CCUUUUUGCUGCUUUUGCAUUGAAUGGCAACUGAAGCUCCUCCGCCUGACGCCGCCGCGCUCGAGGUCGGCCAGCGCGUCGAGCUCCGUGGCAAGCUCGGCUGGGUUCGCUUCUGGGGCACCACGGCCUUCGCUGCCGGCUGGUGGGUCGGAGUCGAGUUGGACGACGGCGACGGCAAAAAUGACGGAUCUGUGCAAGGCAAGGUGUACUUUAAGUGCAAGGAGCUGCACGGCGUGUUUGUCCGUCAUACUCAAGUGACCAUUGUGCCGACUCCGGAAAAGUCAGCACCGACUGCUGCUGCUGCUGCUGCUGCAGCGACUCCCGCGCCAGCUGCUGCUUCUGCUGCUGCACCUACUCCUGCAGCUGCUGCUCCUGCGCCUACCCCUGCCGCAGCUGCCGCUACAUCGACUUUGCGUACACCAGCUGCGCCAACUCCGGCAGCAGCCACCGCCCCCGCCACCGCCUCAGACACCUCCGCCGCGUCUGCCUCCACUGCACCUACUCACCCUGGCACAGACCGCGAAGUCUUCUUGUUGCGCGAAAAGGUCACAUCUCUGGAGGCCAAGCGCGCAGAAGACCGCGAGCGCAUGAAAGAGCUGGAAAAGUACCGCGCGUUGCACGACCAGAUGACAGAGUACAAGACAAAGUGGGCGCACGCACAGCACGAGCUGCAGCAGCAGCUCAAGGAGGCCCGACGCGAGGCCAAGGAAGCCACCGAGGCGCGCGACAAGCUGACGAGCGAGGUGGCCGAGCUUUCCGAUGCAACCGAGCUCGCCACGCUCGACAAGGAGAUGGCCGAGGAAAAGUGCGACUCCAUGCAGGCCGAGGUGGAGGGGCUGAAGGAGCGCAUCGAAGAGCUCAAUCUCGAUCUGGCUAUUCUGCGCGGCGAGCAGGAGGAGCAGGCGGCUGCUGGUGACGGAGCCGCACGCCGGCCCACGUCUGCAGAGACCAAGCAGCUGGAGGCUCACAACGAGCGUCUCAAAGAGGCCCUCGUCAAAUUGAGGGACAUGGCGGCGGCGGAAAAGCACGAGCUCACCGCCAAGGUGACAGUGCUGGAAAAGGAGGCUGCAUCCGUGCCUGAUUUGCGCGAGCGCAACACGAAGCUUUCCGCAGAGGUCGCCGAUCUGGAAUCUCAAGUGGUCGAGCUCAAGCAGGCCGUCGAUGACGCCAUGGGGGUCUCCGACAUGGUGGAGAAGCUGACGAACGCCAAUCUCGAUCUCGAAGAGCGCGUCCACAUUUUGAACGAGCAACUGUACGAUCUGGAGGCCCUUCGCGAUCUUGCCGAUGAGCUGGAGGAAAACCACGUUGCAUCGGAACGCCAGCUGCAGGGCGAGAUUGACAGCCUCAGCGUCCGCGUGCACGAGCUGUCCCGCGCGCUCGAGUCGGCCAACGAGACGAUUGCCGAUCAGGAGGCCUCGAUUGGCAAGUACCGCGACUUGCUGCGUGACUUGCAGGCAGACAUGUCUGAGCUCCGUCGUCGCGAGGUAUCUCAGCAGGAGGAGUCGCGCGAGCUUGCGACGCAGUCUCAGUCAUUGCUGAGCCUGAACAUGCAACUGCAGUCGAGCGCCUCCAAAGCGCACGCCCGCGCCGUGGAUCUGGAGCUGCGGCGUCUCGAUGCCAUGCAAGCAACCGAAAUGGCCACCAUGCUGCGUUCCUUCCUGCCCGAGUCCUUCUUCAAAUCCGAGUUUGACGGCGUGUGCACCGUCCUGUUGUUCCACCGUCUGCAUUUCAAAACCCAGAUGGCCAUGUCACAGGUGCGCCAGCAAUUCCAUCUCGAUCGCGACGGACUGGAGCAACAGCAGGCUUCCGGCUCAAACCAUGCUCAGUCCGUGCAAACGCUGGUGCGUCGCGAGUCCACCUCCUUCGCCCACCGACUCUUUGCUCGUCUGGUCGAUCUGCAGCACAUUUUUGCGCGCUUCUCGCAAAUGCUUCGCUCCUGCGAGGUUGAGCUGUAUCUCAAGCUUGGCUUUAUGCACUCUGAGCUGGUUGUGCACGAGCGCAAGCUGGACUCCAUUCUCGAGCUCCUCAAGCGAGAGCAGCUGACGGAUGUGGUUCCGCUGGAUGGCAUUGACAAGUCCAUUGCCCAGCUCUCAUAUCUUGGCGUGUCGUACCUUCCGAGCUCAAGCACGGCCUCUGGUCUGACCCCUUCGCCUUCGAGUCUGCAGCUGUCCAGCAUGCCGCAGCAGCAGCAGCAACAACACCAACAACCACAACAACCACAAGGCAGCUCUGGUGUCCUCUACUCGUCCCCUGCAUCGUCCUUGUUGACCAAUCUGAGCGAUGGUGAUGUGCUCGAGUGGCGUUGCGAGACGAUCGACAUUUGCUGCAACCGCGCGCUGCAUGGCGCGUCUGCCAUCCUGUCCUUGAUUCACAUUGCACCCAACGGUGGCUCGGACGCCAUUGCACAGGGCAUCUCGAGCAUUUUGGUCCAGGCUGUCGACCAGCUCACGCAGGCGCGCGACGCUGCUCGCCGAAUUGUCCGCAAAAUGCCCUCGGCGGCCGCUUCGACGCCUGCCACCGCUGCUGCUAGUGCGUCCGCCUCAAGUACGGGCACCGAGGCGCGCAUUGCACUCCCUCACGGGCAACGCGAGAAGAUUGCCUUGCUCGGUCAGCGUUCCGGCCUGCUGGCCGCUCUUUUCGACGAACUGGCCCAAGCCCUCGCCGUCGGCGUGGAUGCCUCGGCGCCGGUUGCCGAUCAGUUGCCACUGGCAUUCGACAACUGGGGAGAUCGCAUCCGCGAUGUUGUGCAGCGCUACAUGGGCGAGGCAACAAGCGACGGCUCAGCCGCGGUUGCUCACUUGGCUGCCGAAGCUGGUGCCGUUGCUGCCGCUCUCGGUGAGCUCUUCGCCGCGCUCCAGCGCGGUGACCUCGACGACACAUCUGCCAUCACUGCAUCCCCAACAGGCACCAACACUGUUGCACCAUGGCUGUACCGCGCACAGAUUCUCAAGGACGAGGCUGCCGAGGCGUCCCAACUCCGCGAGAAACUGGCCGCCAAGUCUGAAGAGCUGCACGCUACUCUGACGGCGCUCAAGGUCAAGGAGAAGGAGCUCGGCGACUCGCAUGUGCGGGCCGAGACGCUCGAAAAGCGUGUCCUGUCCCUUAAAUCGGAAUGUGAUCGUUUGGAGGAUGCCAAGGCGCAACUGGACGCUGCAAACAAGCAGGUCAAGCGCCUGGACGACACCGUCAAAGCACUGCACACCGACAUUGAAGUGUACGAGAAGGACAUUUCGGACUUGCAGAGGCAGCUGAAAACGCUCCGCAAGACGAGCGCCGGAACCGGCGGCCAGACGGGUGCCCAUACUCCUGCCACCGGUCUCGAUCUUGGUCUGCCCAGUCUUGGUGCCAGCCCGCUUGGCUCGCCUCGUCGCGCGCCCCACGAUGGCGGCUCCGGUGCCUCCGCGGCCAUGGCUCCUGCGUCUGUCAUUGGCAAGUACGAGUCGCAGGUCGAGGCUCUCGAGGCGGCCGUGCGUCAUCUCAGACUGGAGAACGCGUCGCUCAAAGGCCAAUCGUCCAAGCUCAGUCUGGCCGAACUGCCGCCACUCGCCGUCCCGCGCACCUACGCCGCUGUCUCUCCCGCCGCCGUCUCCGUGUCGUCCGUCACCCCGACGCCUUCUACGAUUACGAGCGUUGCCCGAGAGGCGUCCGAGCUUGUUAAGAGUAUUCAAAAUGUGUCCACCUCGGUGCGAGUUGUUCGCGUGGCCGAGCGUGCUGGCAAACCUGCCGUCGCAGACCCGCUGGUUCAACUGGCAUCGCUUCAGCGUCUCACGUCUGAGCUUUCUGCCCGAGCUGCAGACGCGAUUCUGACGGAAGUUGCCGGAGCGGCUGCACCUUCUUCGUUUGGUUCGUUUGCGCGGCCAGAUCUUUCCCACUCGCUCAAUGUGGUCAAGAUUGGCAAGCUCACCAUCCCCAGCGCUGGACGACCGGAGGCUCCACAAACUGUCAAGUUGGAUAGCCGCGAGUUUGAGCGCCUGCACGCCGUUUUCGUCCAGUAGGACUUGGAUAGAAUGGGCUGGCUUUUUGCAAUCUUUUGUCAAAUAAAUGUGCAUCUCUUU